AUGCCUUUCUCCCACGGGGCCGCCUGCCCCCCAUCACGCCCGGCCACCCACCGCGCCACGGCCACCAUGGGUGAGACCCCCGAGCCGUCCCCCCAGGCUCCGCUGGCCGUCCUCUCCAAGGUGGAGCUGCGGGUGAGCUGUAAGCACCUCCUGGACCGCGACACGCUCAACAAGUCGGACCCCUGCGUCCUGCUGCUGAUGCAGUCCCAGGGCCAGUGGAUGGAGGUGGACCGCAGCGAGAUCAUCAAGAGCAACCUCAACCCCGUCUUCGCCAAGAUCUUCACGGUGGAUUACUACUUCGAGGAGGUGCAGAAGCUGCGGUUCGAAGUGUACGACAGCCACGGGCACGCCGGCGUGGGCACGCACGAUGAUGAUUUCCUGGGGGGCAUGGAGUGCACCGUGGGGCAGAUCGUGGCGCAGAAGCGGGUGACGAAGCCGCUGUUCCUCAAGUACGGGAAAUUCGCCGGCAAGUCCACCAUCACGGUCAUCUCGGAGGAGAUCUCGGGGAACAAUGGCUACGUGGAGCUCGCCUUCCGGGCCAAGAAGUUGGAUGACAAGGAUCUCUUCAGCAAGUCGGAUCCCUUCCUGGAGAUCUACCGCAUCGACGACGAUCGCAGCGAGCAGCUGGUAUACCGCACCGAGGUGGUGAAGAACAACCUGAGCCCCAUCUGGGAGCCCUUCAAGGUCUCCCUCAACUCGCUCUGCAGCUGCGAGGAGAAGAGGAAGCUGAGGUGCGUGGUGUGGGACUACGACUCGCGGGGCAAACACGACUUCAUCGGGGAGUUCUUCACCACCUUCGAGGAGAUGCAGAAGGCGAUGGGGGAGAACAAGGUGCAGUGGGACUGCAUGAACCCCAAGUACAAAAUCAAGAAGCGCAACUACAAGAACUCGGGGGUCGUGGUGCUGCUGGACCUGAAGAUCCACAGGGUCUACUCCUUCCUGGACUAUAUCAUGGGCGGCUGCCAGAUCCACUUCACGGUGGCCAUUGACUUCACGGCCUCCAACGGGGACCCCCGAAACAGCUGCUCCCUGCACUACAUCAACCCCUACCAGCCCAACGAGUACCUCAAGGCACUGGUCGCAGUGGGUGAGAUCUGCCAGGACUAUGACAGCGAUAAGAAAUUCUCAGCUCUGGGCUUUGGUGCGAGGAUCCCCCCCAAGUACGAGGUCUCCCACGACUUUGCCAUCAACUUCAACCCUGACAAUGAUGAGUGCGAGGGCAUCCAGGGCGUCGUGGAGUCCUACCAGAGCUGCCUGCCCAAAAUCCAGCUCUAUGGCCCCACCAAUGUGGCCCCCAUCAUCUCCAAGGUGGCUCGUGUGGCAGCAAACGAGGAGCGGACGAAGGAGGCUUCGCAAUACUUCAUCCUGCUGAUCCUGACGGACGGAGUGGUGACAGACAUGGCGGACACGCGGGAGGCCAUCGUCCGUGCCUCCUACCUGCCCAUGUCCAUCAUCAUCGUGGGGGUGGGCAACGCCGACUUCACCGACAUGCAGAUCCUGGAUGGGGACGACGGCAUCCUGCGGUCCCCCAAGGGCGAGCCCGUCCUCCGUGACAUAGUCCAGUUCGUCCCUUUCCGGGAGUUCAAGAACGCGUCACCGACGGCCCUGGCGAAGUGCGUGCUGGCGGAGGUGCCCAAGCAGGUGGUGGAGUACUACAGCUACAAGGCCUUCCCCCCCCGCUGCCCCCAGCCUGACACCCCCGACUCCAACCUCAGCUCGCCCCAGUGA